UGCGAAGACAGUCGGGCCAGGGCCUAGCCCGGGCGCGCGGCUGCCCGGGGGCGCGCAGGGAGGGCGGGCCGCGCGAAGGGGGAGUGUCUGCCCGCUGCUGCUACUGCUGCCGCCGCCGCCGCCGCCGCCGCCGCCGCCGCCGCUACCGCCGCCGCUACCGGUGCUGAGGAGUUCGCUGGAACCCUUUCCUCAGACCUGGCCCCGUCUUCCCGCCCUGACUCCGGGCGCCAGCGCUAGGCGCACUUACCGCUUUGACGGGUGCAGAAGCGGGAGUUGCCCCAGACUGUGGAGUGGCGGGCACGGCCCCAGCCCCCCUUCCCCUCCCUGACCCCUUCUUGCCAUCGCCCCAGACAUGGGGAACGCGGCGACCGCCAAGAAAGGCAGCGAGGUGGAGAGCGUGAAAGAGUUUCUAGCCAAAGCCAAAGAAGACUUUUUGAAAAAAUGGGAGAAUCCAACUCAGAAUAAUGCCGGACUUGAAGAUUUUGAAAGGAAAAAAACCCUUGGAACAGGUUCAUUUGGAAGAGUCAUGUUGGUAAAACACAAAGCCACCGAACAGUAUUAUGCCAUGAAGAUCUUAGAUAAGCAGAAGGUUGUUAAACUGAAGCAAAUAGAGCAUACUUUGAAUGAGAAAAGAAUAUUACAGGCAGUGAAUUUUCCUUUCCUUGUUCGACUGGAGUAUGCUUUUAAGGAUAAUUCUAAUUUAUACAUGGUUAUGGAAUAUGUCCCUGGGGGUGAAAUGUUUUCACAUCUAAGAAGAAUUGGAAGGUUCAGUGAACCCCAUGCACGGUUCUAUGCAGCUCAGAUAGUGCUAACAUUCGAGUACCUCCAUUCACUAGACCUCAUCUACAGAGAUCUAAAACCUGAAAAUCUCUUAAUUGACCAUCAAGGCUAUAUCCAGGUCACAGACUUUGGGUUUGCCAAAAGAGUUAAAGGCAGAACUUGGACAUUAUGUGGAACUCCAGAGUAUUUGGCUCCAGAAAUAAUUCUCAGCAAGGGCUACAAUAAGGCAGUGGAUUGGUGGGCAUUAGGAGUGCUAAUCUAUGAAAUGGCAGCUGGCUAUCCCCCAUUCUUUGCAGACCAACCAAUUCAGAUUUAUGAAAAGAUUGUUUCUGGAAAGGUCCGAUUCCCAUCCCACUUCAGUUCAGAUCUCAAGGACCUUCUACGGAACCUGCUGCAGGUGGAUUUGACCAAGAGAUAUGGAAAUCUAAAGAAUGGUGUCAGCGAUAUAAAAACUCACAAGUGGUUUGCCACGACAGAUUGGAUUGCUAUUUACCAGAGGAAGGUUGAAGCUCCAUUCAUACCAAAGUUUAGAGGCUCUGGAGAUACCAGCAACUUUGAUGACUAUGAAGAAGAAGAUAUCCGUGUCUCUAUAACAGAAAAAUGUGCAAAAGAAUUUGGUGAAUUUUAAAGAGGAACAAGAUGACAUCCGAGCUCACACUCAGUGUUUGCACUCUGUUGAGAGAUAAGGUAGAGCUGAGACCGUCCUUGUUGAAGCAGUUACCUAGUUCCUUCAUUCCAACGACUGAGUGAGGUCUUUAUUGCCAUCAUCCCGUGUGUGCACUCUGCAUCCACCUAUGUAACAAGGCACCGCUAAGCAAGCAUUGUCUGUGCCAUAACACAGUACUAGACCACUUUCUUACUUCUCUUUGGGUUGUCUUUCUCCUCUCCUACAUCCAUUUCUUCCUUUUCCAGUUUCAUUGGUUUUCUCUAAACAGUGCUCCAUUUUAUUUUGUUGGUGUUUCAGAUGGGCAGUGUUAUGGCUACGUGAUAUUUGAAGGGAAGGAUAAGUGUUGCUUUUAGUAGUUCUUGCCAAUAUUGUUGUUGGUCAAUGGCUUGAAGAUAAACUUUUUACUUUGAGUAACUCAGACUCGGUUUUGCCAAAACUCUUGAUAAUUUUUGAAGAUAGACUGUCUUAUCAUCAAGGAAAUUUAUACAAAUUAAGACUAACUUUCUUGGAAUUCACUAUUCCGGCAGUAAAUUUUGGUAGACUAAUACAGUACAGCUAGACCCAGAAAUUUGGAUGGCUGUAGAUCAGAGGUUCUAGUUCCCUUUCCCUCCUUUUAUAUCCUCUUCCCCUUGAGUAAUGAAGUGACCAGCCUGUGUAGUGUGACAAAUGUGUCACUUUCAGCAGGAAAAACUAAUGAUAUGGAUCAUCACCCACAUUCUCUCGCUUGGUACCAGCAUUUCUGUAGGUAUUAGAGAAGAGUUCUAAGUUUUCUAAACCUUAACUGUUCCUUAAGGAUUUUAGCCAGUAUUUUAAUAGAACAUGGUUAAUGAAAGUGACAAAUUUUACAGUUUCUCUAAUAGUUCUCAUCAUAAACUUUUUAAAUGAAAAUAAGCAAACUAAAAACAUUGGUUUGGAUAAAUACUUACACUUUGCAAAGUCAAAAAAUGACUUGGUUAUUGAAAACAUUAUAGAGGUAUUCAUAUUUAAAUGAGGGUUUACGUUUGUUUUGUUUUGUAACCCUUAAAAAGAAGUUGUUUCCAGCUAAUUAUUCUGGUAUACUGUAUUUGUGAGCCUAGAGUAGGGGCACUGCUGCAACUUCUGCUUUCAUCCCGUGCCUCAUCAAUGAGGAAAGGGAACAAAGUGUGUAAAACUGCCACAAUUGUAUUUUAAUUUUCAGGUAUGAUAUUUUCAGAUAUUUCAUAAUUUCUAACCUCUUUUCUGUCAGUAAACAGAAUGUCUGAUCAAUCAUGCAGAUACAAUUUUGGUAUUUGAGAGGUUAGUUUUUUUUCUACAGUUUUUUUUUUUUUUUUGCCAACUGACUUAACAACAUUGCUGUCAGGUGGAAAUUUCAAGCACUUUUGCACAUUUAGUUCAGUGUUUGUUGAGAAUCCAUGGCUUAACCCAGUUGUUUUUCUGUUUUUUUCUUUACUUUUAAUUUUCCCCAUCUGAUUUUAUCUCUGCGUUUCAGUGACCUACCUUAAAACAACACAUGAGAAGAGUUAAACUGGGUUCAUUUUGGUGAUCAAUUCACAUGCAUAUAAAAUUUGUUGUUUUUAAUCACGCUGAUCUUAAUGUAUAUAAUCAUUCUAUUUGCUUUAUUAUCGGUGCAGGUAGGUCACUCACACCACUUCUUUUCAUCUGUACCACACCCUUGUAAAACCUUUGAAGACAUAAAAAAAUCCUGUCUGAGAUGUUCUUUCUACCAAUCUAUAUGUCUUUCGGUUAUCAAGUGUUCCUGCAUGGUAAUGUCACGUAAAUGCUGAUAUUGAUAUCACUGGUCCAUCUAUAUUUAAAAUGUGCAAGAAAAAAAUUAAAAUACUCUGCUCUAGCAAGUUUUAUGUAACAAAGGCAUAUCGUCAUGUUAAUAAAUUUAAAACAUCAUUUGUAUAAAAUAUUUUAAUUUUCUUGUAUUUCAUGUAGACCCAAGAACAUGCUGACCAAUGUAUUCUAUAUGUAAACUACAAAUUCUAUGGUAGCUUUGUUGUAUAUUAUUGUAAAAUUAUUUUAAUAAGUCAUGGGGAUGACAAUUUGAUUAUUACAAUUUAGUUUUCAGUAAUCAAAAAGAUUUCUAUGAAUUCUAAAAAAAAUAUUUUUUUCUAUGAAAUUACUAGUGCCCAGCUGUAGAAUCUACCUUAGGUAGAUCACCCCUAGACGUACAUUGGUUUUGAGGGCUAUUCAGCCAUUCCAUUUUACUCUCUAUUUAAAGGCCUUGAGCAAGCUUAUCAUGAGCGAAUACAUCAAGGGAGUCAAUUUCUGACCAAUCAAGUACACUAAAUUAGAAUAUUUUUAAGGUAUGUAAAAUUCCCAGUUUCAGCCACAAUUUAGCCAAGAACAAGAUAUAAACUUGAAUAAGAAGUAAGUAGCAUAAAUCAGUAUUUAACCUCAAAUUACAUUAUUUGAAACAGAAGAUACUAUGUUAUGCUCAGUAAAUAAUUAAGAGAUGGCAUUGUAUAAGAAGGAGCCCUAGACUGAAAGUCAAGACAUCUGAAUUUCAGGCUGGAAAACUAUCAGUAUGAUCUCAGUCUCAGUUCUCUUGUCUGUAAAAUGGAAGAACUGGAUUAGGCAGUUUGUAAAAUUCCUCCUAACUUUCACAGUUGAUGACAAGAUUGUCUUUUCAUCUGAAAUUUUGAAGGGUAUGUUGCUUUGAAGUAAGUCUUAGUAAGGCAAUAUAUUUUAGGGCAUCUUUCUUCUUAUCUCUGACAGUGUUCUUAAAAUUAUUUGAAUAUCAUAAGAACUUGGUGUCUGUCCUAAUUCCUUUCUCACUCACUGAUGCUGAACACCCAGUUGAAUCAAACUGUCAACCUACCAAAAAAGAUACUGUGGCUUAUGGGUAUUGCUGUCUCAUUCUUGGUAUAUUCUUGUGUUAACUGCCCAUUGGCUUGAAAAUACUCAUUGUAAGCCUGAAAAAAAAAUUUCUUUCUCACUGUUUUUUCUGCUUGUUGUAAGAAUCAAAUGAAAUAAUGUAUGUGAAAGCACCUUGUAAACUGUAACCUAUCAAUGUAAAAUGUUAAGGUGUGUUGUUAUUUCAUUAAUUACUUCUUUGUUUAGAAUGGAAUUUCCUAUGCACUACUGUAGCUAGGAAAUGCUGACAACAACUGUGUUUUUUAAUUAAUCAAUAACUGCAAAAUUAAAGUACCUUCAAUGGAUAAGA